ACAAUGAAAUGCUCAAAACUCAAAUAUCAGUUAUGGAAUUGCAAGUGUCGGUCAUGUGGCAAGCGCUUUGUGUUGUUCUGCUGUGUAUUAAUCGCAGGCGCUUUGUUGUUGCUUUACCUUUGGUAUCAGCUGCCAAAAAGUGACCAGUUAGACAUUUCUGAACCACGCCUGCUGCUUUGGUGGACCCAGUACAAUGAAACGGUGUAUUAUCGCAACAUCUAUUGCGGUUAUUUCGUGUGUACGAUAACCAAUGAUCGGCAGCGACUUGCCGAGGCGAAGGUCAUCUUCUUCUAUGGCAGUCACAUUAACGCACACGAUAUGCCGCUGCCGCGCCACGCCUAUCAGUUGUGGGCCUUACUGCAGGAUGAGACGCCACAAAAUGCGCCUUAUCUAUUUUACCCAGAAUUUUUGCGCCACUUUAAUUAUACUUCGACAUUUAGUCGUUAUAGCGAUUAUCCGUUGACCUUGCGUUCGUUGCAUAAUCCGAAAGAGUUGAUAUUGCGCACUUAUUUCAGAGCGCUGCGCUUUCGCAGCUCUAUACCGGUGUUAUUUAUGCAAGAUAAUUGUGCGACCUUGUCGGGUCGUGAGAAUUAUGUGCGUGAAUUGAUGACGCAUGUGCCGGUGCAAUCGUGUGGCAAGUGUCUGCGUAAUGCGGAUUCGCCGAGUUUUAGGCGUGAAAACGAUGUGCUGCGUUUUAUUUCAGGAUUUAAAUUUGUAAUAGCCUUCGAAGAUGCCAUUUGUGAUGAUUAUAUAACAGCUGCAUACUGGCAGGCACUAAUAGUGGGUGCCAUACCCAUAUACUUUGGCUCGCCUACAAUACGGGACUGGGAACCGCACAAUCACUCCGCUAUCUACGCUUCAGACUUUGAGAGUCCCGCAGCUUUAGCCGAACUUGUCUACGAACUGGUUGAUAAUGAGACGGCUUUUCUCGAGUAUUUGCAACAUAAAUUUAAUACCGAGGAGCCAAUAACAAAUAAGCGCUUACUUAAAGCCUUGCUUUGGCACUUUAAUUUGUCGAAAAAAGCUGAGAAUUUCGAAAAAUUCGAAAAAGAAAUGUGUACCGAGAUCAAUAGUCGGAGAGAGAAGCCUGUUUCGAAAAUUGCAAAUCAGACGCACUUCAGUUGUCCUCUGCCACAAUGCUUGCCCGCAACACGGAAGAAUUACACAAAACACGCGCAACAGUGGAAAGUUAAUUUUACUGUUAGCCAGCGUAUUGUACGCCUGUUGGAUAUACUUUUGCAGCGGAAUGCGCCUUAUGCGCCGAAAUAUUUUACUCAGAAGGUGAAGCAGCUGGUUGGUUGGGACAAUCUGUGAUGAUUGGUAACAUCAGGGUUGCACGCAGGUGUCGGAGCGGUUUAUUGUAACCAUUAAAUAAAGAUAUAGAUAUAUAUAUUUUUGGAAAAUAGUUCUCGUCAUUCGCUGGCUGCUUGUUUGCCCGGUCACAGCGGAAUCGUUAAAAGCGAUGAGCUUGAUAGAGAUGACAUCCUUACCCUAAUUUCAUCUGAUUGGAGGAAUUUCCAAAUUCCGCUGCGUUCUUGCGUUUUAGCGCUGUACCAUGUUAGCCCGGCUAGCGCUAAUUAACAACCAGAACUUGUGCGACUGCGAGAUCUUUCUGGUCCAGAGAAAAGAUUAAUAGCUUUUCAAAUGAGAUCCAACGACCUAGGUUAACCUUCUUCCAAUUGUAUUUUUCGUUCGAUCUACUAUGAAAACAGCGAAUAUAUCUUCUCUUAAUCUUUGCUCAGGUGUCGUUCCUUUGAUCUGAAUAGUUCGACAUCAAAUUAUUCAAUUAUAGGGAAAACCCGCCAAAAUCCAGCUAUCUCUCAGCACCGAAAUCCCAGAACAUUAUAUUUUGCAGGAAUUACAAACAGCAACAGAGCUUGCUUUUCUUUCUAGACAUGAGUUAUAGAUUAUAUUCUGCUUUAGCAGAAGUUAAGUUAUCAGUUGAACAGUCUCUAAAUGUUAAGAGAAACAGAGAGCCAUAACAUUAUUAUUCUACAAGAUGCUAUGCAGAUACACUUUAUAAGCCUUCUUCGGGUCAUCAUAACUUUUGUGCAUCUUCCAUAGAAGUGCCCAUACUUUGUUAUGAUCAAGUAAUAUAAGACAAGCAAUUACAUGUGAAUAAAUGAUAUCUCGUGAGAUUCGAAAGCUCUAAUACUACUUAAGUGACUCUAUAGCUUUAGAUAUGCAAAGUGCCCACUUACAGCUUAUGUGAAAGCUUCCUCACUUCAGAGCGAGAGAGAAAAGGCAGAGAGCUCUCGUUGUAAAAGCUGUACAUUUAAAUUUAAGCUUUCCAUCUUCUAGCAAAGAUUUAAAAAAAAAAACAACAUUAAUCUUAAAGCUUUCCCACAUCAAAGGUGAUAUAGCUUUUGCUGAAAAAGCUUCAGCUUCAUCGUCUAGUUUUAGCUCUUAAACGAAGACACUCUAUGUGAACUAUACUUAAUUAUACUACGACAGGUUAAGAAGAUAUUUGAUAUACGAUUUGUCUGCUCAGGGAUGACCCAUUAGUUCAUAAAAGCUUGUUAAAUCAAGCUCUCUAUACAUAGUCGUUAGAUAAUUGAUUAAGGGUUCAUUGUUUUUCAUGACCUUUCUAUGUAGUAGUCAAGCAAAGUAGCUUUAGGUAGCAUAUUUUCGGGUUUUCGAAAGCCCAAUCCCAAUAGAGAGAGAAAGCUUUCACAGGGCAAAACUAUACAUUAAACUUAUAUCUUUCCGAAAGCUUUGAAAAAAAUCUCUUUAAGCUAUUUCACAUCAGAGAUAGAGGUUUUGUUCGAAAAAGCUCCAGCUUAAUCUUUCUAUUUCAGCAGUUUUUAAUUCGCUGCUGCACUUCUCGUCCAUAU